CGAGGCGAGUUUCCGCGUCAAAAAUCAGUGAGCCAGCAGAACACACCACUCGUCCUUCAAUUUCAUUCUCUGCCGCCGAUGCCGCUGCUGCUCGUUUGUUUUCGUUUUUAAAAAAACCAAACAAAAACCAAUCCAUCCAUCUAUCUGCCUUUAUAUCAUAUUAGAUAAGAAAACAAGGGAAUUUCGAAAACAGAUCGGUGAAGGGAAGGAAAAAAAACCAAACCCUAAAAGGGAAGAAAAUGAAAAGUCAGCAAUUCUGAAUGGAAAUCCGAUUCUCUUUACCCAGAUCAUCCACUUACACCUCUUUCCGGUUCAUCCGCUUCUCUCUCUUCUUCUCUGGAGGCUGAUUGAUUUUCUUUUUCUUUUUUGUUUCCUGUAAAAUAAAAACUGCAUUUACAUAUAUAUAUAUAUAUAUAGAGAGAGAGAGAGAGAGCGCGCGCGCUCGUGGAUGGAGGAGAGUCCUGGGACGGCGGCCGAUGGUGGCAUAGGUCCGAUUGUGUGGGUGCGGAGAAGAAACGGGUCGUGGUGGCCUGGUCACAUAAUGGAGGCGGAUGAGCUCGCAGAGUAUAAUCUAACAUCGCCGCGAACAGGGACUCCGGUCAAACUCCUUGGAAGGGAUGAUGCUAGCGUGGACUGGUACAAUUUAGAAAAGUCAAAGCGUGUGAAAGCAUUUCGGUGUGCUGAAUUUUCUGAUUGCAUCAAAAGGGCUGAAUCUGCCUUGGGCAUGCCAAUCAAGAAAAGAGAGAAAUAUGCACGUCGAGAAGAUGCAAUUCUUCAUGCCCUUGAGCUUGAAAAGCGACUCUUGAUAAAGCAAGGAAAAUUGGGUGUUGCCCAGGGCAGCCCAAGAAGUAAAUCAUCUGGGUCUGUGAAGUCCGAGCUGGGUGCAUUUUCAGAAGGCUUAGGAAGUAAUAUUGGAAAACCUGAGGAUGUUAAAUGGAACCUACCUUCUAGAGAAGUUGAUACAGAGAUUCCAGGCAGUCCACUUCCAUUGAAAGCUAAGGAUGGAGAUCAAACAGUUUUAGAAGAUCACAGUGAGGAAAUGCUGCGGACGAGAGGUUCGCAGGACUUCAGGCUGAGGACUUCUUUAAAGCGAAAACUUUCGCCUUCUGUUGAUUUAGAUGGUUCUUGGAGGAGACCUAUAGCAGACCACAAAUAUGAGGAUCCUCCUAACAGUGCCCCUCUUGUGGAAAUAACUGCUCAUGCAAACGGAUUGGAGAAGAUGGGAGAUAUUUUCCAGGCAAAGAGGAGGGGAUGUUCUAACUUGCCUGCUGAUUCUAGUGAUUCUACAGAUGAUAAAGAACUUCCUCCAAGCCAGAAUAAGAUGUCUUCUUCUUGCUUUGAAGACAGGGUGCGUUCCCAUGCUGGUUCAUCAAAUGAAGAGGAGUCGUCCUCUGGAUCUAUGGAAGAUAUUGAAUCUGAUUUUUCUGGAUCUAAUUCAUCUGAAUCCGUGUCUGAUUCUUCUCAGACUGAACCAGAUAUGGACAAAGAAAUGGUUGUUUUUUCAGAUGUUGCUGUGCCUAUAGAAGCUGAACAGGAUGUUCUGGGACAGCCUGAUGCACCAGCACAACAUGCUAGUACAUGCAGUGACGAGUCUGAUGGAUCAAUGUCUUCUGAUGACAUGGAUAACCUUUAUCAUGAUGACCUCUUUCUUGCGAACGAAGCAGUGUCCAAAUGGCAAUUGAAGGGGAAAAGGAACAUUCGAUAUCUUACACAGAAGCCUGUCAACAUGGAAUAUGGAAAAGGUUCUAAUGGAGCUUCUCAUGGAACCUUUUACAGGAUGAAAGGAAGUAUCUCUAGCCAAAGGGCAUAUGGUUCUCAUGAUGCCAAUUUGGGCAGAAAAUAUAUUGGGUCCAAACCGAAUUGUCCUGGCAACAGAGGUUAUUCUUAUUCAUCAAGGUUGGCGUCCAGAGAUCAAAAUAAUACUGGUCGUAAUAUGAUAGAAUGGGAAGGCAUGGGUUUGGAGGAUCAACAUACUUUUAGGAGACACUGGGAAGACAGAGGGGAGCACUCUAAUCCAAUAUUUGCUGGCCAUCACCAUUUUGGGGGAAGGGCAAGAUCUAUGUUAAUAGAUGUGGAUUUAAAGGUCAAAUCAAGCUACCAAAAAGAUCGUGUUCCUAUUGUUUCCCUUAUCAGCAAGUUUGAUGGGAAGGCAAUAAUAGGACAUCCGAUCUUAAUUGAAGCUGUGGAAGAUGGUUCAUCUGAAACUUAUUUCCCUCUGAAUGAUUAUUAUAGCAAUGAAGCAGUUGACCAUGAUGAAAGCACUUCACUUCCACCAGCAUGGCGGACUGCAAGAAGGACCAAUUCUAGGGUACCUCGCCCCCAUUUAUCAUCAGUGUUGGGAGUUGAUGCUGGUGCUGAGGAUAUUCCAUUUAUGGAUCAAGAAAGAACAGUUCCGUUUAGGAAAUCAAGUGCAGGCAGUUUCAGUUACAAGGCAAACCUGGUGAGGAAGAGUCUUCCCCACAUUUCCCGGUCUUCAGCAGACAAGAAGCUCCCGAGAAAACUGCCAAAGAAAGUAAGCUUACCAUCUAAUCAAAAAACGAGAACCCUGUCAUCAAUUGGUAUCAAGCAGAAUUCUGUUUCUAAGCCAAUGCACGAUACGAGCAAUGGUCAAAUGGAUGGGCUUAUCAAACCUGAGACAUCUGCGCCAACUACGGUUGCUUGCAUACCUGUCAAAUUAGUUUUCAGUAGGUUACUUGAGAAGAUCAAUAGACCUCCAUCAAAAACAGCUAUCAAAGUGGUGGUCUUGAACAUGGAUAGGGAUAGGCAACCUUCAUAGAUAACAUGUGUAUUGUUAUCAAUCGCUACUUUGCUCUGUACGUUGUCAGAAAUGGCAAUGUGAGGAUCUUGUCUCUUCAAUUAGAUGGUGUGGUGUAAAAGAAGAGCUUUUAUAUACUGAUCAGUCGUGGCAACGUUGUGGUUCUGGUAUCAUUAGUGGCAGCUUUUCCUGGGCACUGGUGUCCUGGAAUGGAGGCUUUAGGCACAAAAGAAGAAGAUUAGAAAUUAUCACAGAUGAUAGAAGCUAGCUUGGAAUUCAGAUAGAUGUGUACAUAUUUUCUUCUAUAUAACGCUAUACUUUCAAUUUAUCUUUUUGAAAGGCAUAGAGAAACUUGCUACGGAUCAGAUCACUCUGCUUUUGAAUCUAUGGUUUCAUUUUGAAGGUCA